ACAGAAUGAUAACAUCCAAAAUAAACCGAAGUACCUCUGCAUGCGGCGGUAAUGGUCUAUUCUAAACGGUUGAAAUAUAACAUCCUAGAUAACAGUGUCAUUUAUUUCGAGAGCUUUAAUUUGUUGAAGCCUCUAUCCCACCUGGUGACCGGGGAAUCCCCACAAGUGAUAUAUUUGUGACAUUAAAGUAGCUUAGUCGAUGACAAGUUGAAGAAUACGUGGAACUAUAUUUUUUCAGGCGGCAGACGAUCAGUAAGAUAUCAACAAUAGGACGAGUGCUAACUCUAUCAAAGAAUCACUGGAAUAACUUCACAGUGUACCAACAUGAUAACACGAGUCGUAUUUUCGACAUGUGUAUUAAUAUGUCUUCUGGAAGGUGAGCCUGGAGCUGCUAGUCCAGCUGUUGCUGAUUUAACAGGUCUAGAUCCUUCUUUGGAAUUCGACAGUGUUGCUUCCAGAUUCCGGAGGGGUAACAAAGAAGAAGACUCAUUAAUUGUGGAAACUGCAGAAGAUUACCCAGCUGACGCGAUAAGGGAGAUUCUAUCAGAAUCCCCCCAACUUGGAAUAUUCUUCAAAAGGACCAAGGUCCCAGGCUUUGGCAACAGACACAACUCCUUCGAUCAGUCUGAGGAUAGAAGCAUGUGCGAAACUAGCUUCAUGACCCAGUGGCCGCAAAAACUCAGGAACAGGAAGGGCAAAGAAAAAUUCAUCGUGAAUCAGGAAAGCUCCUACCAGCCAGUUUACGUCGAAACAUGCAAGAAAGACGUCACAUGCACCCUUAAAGAGUUCUUUCCACCAAACUUCACGUCCGAAUGCAAACAGAAGUACUCAGUUGCCCGACUUGUGGCCAUGAACAGUCCAACUGAUAGGAACUUGGUGGUGGAUGAGUUUGAUAUUGCGUGUGGAUGUGUCUGCACAAUUAAAAGAACAUAAACCGAAGAACAAUUAUGUAUAUCUGAAAUAGUUCAAAAUUAUGUAUAUAGAAAUAUUACCAAUCAUUAUCCAAUAAAGAUAUAUACGAGGA